AUGGUCAGCCUCACCACCUCGGACAACGAGCAGUUCACCGUCGACCGCGAUGUCGCCGAGCGAUCCGUGCUCAUCAAGCAGAUGCUCGAAGACAUCGGAGACACCGAACAGCCAAUUCCCCUUCCCAACGUGUCUUCCAACGUCUUGAAGAAGGUCCUCGAGUACUGCUCUCACCACCGCAGCGACCCUCCCGCACCCGCAGAUGACGCCGAGGAGUCUCGCAGACGCACAACCGACAUCUCGGACUGGGACGCCAAGUUCAUCCAGGUCGACCAGGAGAUGCUCUUCGAGAUCAUCUUGGCAGCCAACUACCUCGACAUCAAGCCGCUCCUCGACGUCGGCUGCAAGACAGUGGCCAACAUGAUCAAGGGAAAGACACCCGAGGAGAUUCGAAAGCUCUUCAACAUCCAGAACGACUUUUCGCCCGAGGAGGAGGCACAGAUCCGAAAGGAAAACGUGAGUAUCCGACACCAGUUCCCUUGCAAGCGCACUUGCCAAGCCGAGCACGUCACUGACUUUUAUCACCCGUAUCGCUCUUUGCUCUCUGUGCCCGACCAACAGGAAUGGGCGGAGGACCGCUGA